AUGAAGCUCACUCUCAUGCUUGCGGCCACCGUGCCAGCUCUUGCCGCCGUCGCCGGGCCGAUCGAGUCCCGCACCUGUGUCAACGACUGCAAACCACUGGGCUGCUACACCGAUUCUGCCUCAUUCCGCGCCCUCGACAUCAACACCCAAGUCCCUGGCGGCCCUAGUGGCCAGAGCCCCGAAGCCUGCACGGCAGCUUGUGUCGCCCACGACCUUGCCUUCGCCGGUGUUGAGAAUGGGGGCGAGUGUUGGUGCGGCGCGUUUAUCAACAGUGGACAGACCCUUGCCUCGAACCAGGCUCUAUGCAGCACACAAUGCUACGGAGCCCCAGGCGAGAUCUGUGGCGGAGCUGGCGGCAUUAACAUAUACGACUGUACAACGGCCUUGCCAGCCCCAGUGAGCUACAAUGACUGUGCUCCUCUCGGCUGCUACACCGACUCCGUCUCCUUGCGCACCCUGGCCACCAACGUCCAGGUCGUAGGCGGUCCAAACAACCAAGGUCCCGAUGUCUGCACGGCGGCCUGCAAAGCAGCUGGCUUUAGAUACGCGGGUAACGAGUACGGCGGCGAGUGCUGGUGCGGGAACAGCCUUGACAACAACGGUGGACCAGCUCCGGAUCUGAACGAACAAUGCCAGAUGCCUUGCCACGGCGACUCCAGCCUCAUGUGCGGUGGCCCCGAUCGCCUGACCCUCUUUGACUGCGGUGCACUGGUGCCUAUUGUGACUAAGGCGGAAUAA